AUGGUCUUCACUGCAUCCUCGUCUGUUGUUUCCUCUAUCUCCAGGAAUGUUUUUGGCGUUGGAAAGUACAUAUCUAAGCUGCUAGAAGUUGAACAGCAGACUAGCAUCGGUAAUGCUUUACUUGGCAUUGCUCGUCCUCCAAAGCCACUCUUAAUUGGCAUUCCAUCAGAAGCUGGAGUUUUCCCAGUGCUGUUGUUCAUUCAUGGCUAUCUUCUCUACAACUCUUUCUAUUCUCAGCUUGUGCAACAUAUAGCUUCUCAUGGCUUUAUCGUCAUUGCUCCACAGUUAUACAGCAUGGCAGGACCAGAUACAACAGAAGAAAUUAAUGCCACAGCUGAAAUAGCCAAUUGGUUAUCAGGGGGACUACAGAAAUUGCUACCACCCAAGGUUCAGGCAAACUUGAGUAAGCUAGCACUUGCAGGGCAUAGCCGAGGAGGAAAAGUAGCUUUUGGGGUAGCUCUAGGAAAAGCGGUGACUUCACUGAAGUUUUCAGCAUUAAUAGGCAUAGAUCCUGUGGAUGGAGUGGAGAAAGGGAAACAAAUGCCACCAAUUCUCACCUAUAAUCCUCAUUCCUUUAAUCUUGACAUGGCAGUAUCAAUCAUUGGAUCAGGAUUGGGCGAAUUAAGAAGCAAUUUUCUUUUCCCUCCUUCGGCUCCUAAAGGAGUGAAUCACAAGGACUUCUACAAUGAAUGUCAAAAACCAGCAUGUUACUUUGUGGCCAGAGACUAUGGCCACCUUGAUAUGCUAGAUGACGACACUUCAGGGCUUCGAGGCAAGGCCACGUAUUGUUUGUGCAAAAAUGGGGAGUCCAGAGACCCCAUGAGAAGAUUUGUUGGAGGAAUCAUGGUUGCUUUCAUGAGAAAUUACUUGGAAGGUAACUCCAGGGAUUUGCAGGCUAUAAGGGAUGGGCAUUUAACAGCACCUGUAGAGCUGCAAAAUGUUGAUUUUCUUGUAUAA